AUGCUCAGGGGAUUCCGUUCCAAGUUCUGGCUGCUGUUAUGGUACUCUCGUGAGCUUGCUGAACUAGUGCUGAAGAACAAUGGAGCUGAUUGUCUGGCAUUCCCUUCACACUGCCAAUCUUGGAUGGGUGCCAAUUGCACGUGCUCUCAUUCGGCGAAGCGAGGGCUCUGCGACCCUGCUGGUUGCCAAUAUUCUCCCGCCACGAGCAUGGCACGGGAUCCACGUCAUUGUUUUUUCGUGCCGGUGAUCGCGAUCGUGAUCCUGGUUCAUGCGCUCUCCGGUAUCUUUGCCACGGAGCGCUAA